AUGGCUGCACCAAACGAUCCCAUUGUAAUCGAUUACGCGAAGCCGACAUUGAAAGAACGAACCGCAAUUAUGUUUCAUCAAUUACCUAAAGCAACAAGCAACUAUUUGAUUAGUCUAGUUCCUAUCGUACAAUGGAUACAUCAGUAUAGACUAUCAUGGCUAGUUCAAGAUAUGAUUGCAGGUAUUACCGUAGGCAUGCUUAUUGUUCCUCAAGGCAUUGCUUAUGCCAAGAUUGCAAACCUUGACCCACAAUACGGAUUAUAUACUUCUUUUGUGGGGGUUUCUUUGUACUGUUUUUUCGGCACAUCCAAGGAUAUUAGUAUAGGACCGAUUACGAUAGUGUCACUACUAGUCGGCCAAGCCGUUCAACAAGUAACAGCGAUACAUCCCGAAAUAACCGGCCCUGAGGUAGCCGUGACAUUAUCGCUUUUUGCAGGAGUCAUUACACUACUCAUCAGCCUUACUCGGUUGGGUAUCCUUGUCGAACUUAUUCCAGAGCCUGUUAUUGCAGGCUACAUGACUGGUUCAGCUAUAACCAUCUCGUUUGGCCAGUGGCCUAAAGUGUUUGGCAUCGAACGAGUUGACUCACGAGAUGCAGACUACAUAAUACUAUACGAAUUUUUCAAAAACAUUAAUACGACUAAACUUGACGCUGCAUUUGGUAUUACUGCGUUGGUCAUACUGUAUGGUAUCAAGUUUAGCAGCUCACGACUUUCAAAGCGGUUUCCUAAACUCAGCAAGCCUAUCUUUCUGCUAAAUAUCAUGCGAAGUGGCUUGAUUGUCAUCUUUGGUACUGUGAUCUCCUAUUUGGUGAAUAGACAACAUAGGGGCCAUCCUCUGAUAAGCAUCAUUAAGGAUGUGCCUGCAGGAUUUGAUGCCAUGGCCAUUCCCAGCCUUAACAUCACUGUCCUCAAAGAUGCAAGUGUUACUCUACCGCCCAUUGUCCUCAUUCUUAUUCUGGAACACAUCUCCAUUGCCAAAGCCUUUAGUCGAACCAACAAUUACACGAUCGAUCCAAAUCAAGAGAUCUUUGCCAUUGGUCUAAGUAAUCUUGUAGGCUCGUUCUUUGGUGCAUAUCCGAGCACAGGCGCAUUCAGUCGAACCGCCGUUAUGGCACGCUCUGGUGUUAAGACGCCCAUCGCGGGCGUAUUUUCUGGCGCCAUUGUUGUCCUUGCUCUAUACGCGCUGACUCCAGCAUUUUACUAUAUUCCUGAAUCUAUCCUUGCUGCUGUCGUCAUCCAUGCCGUACUUGACCUCAUGGCCGGCCCCAAGUUUCUCAAGUCGCUCUGGCGGUCCAGUAUGAUCGAAUUCAUCCUCUUUUUAAUCACUGUUGUCAUUGCAUGCUUUGUUGAUAUCGAAACAGCCAUCUAUGUAUCAGUCGGUCUGUAUCUCUUCCUUCUUUUCUUAAAAUUAGCACGACCCCAUGUUAUCUCCAUUUCCCGUGUCAAAUUGAAUGGUAUCCAUGAUCGCAAGGCUCCCCUCUGCUUUGAUGUUGAAUCUCCUUUGACAAACAAAUCAUUAACAACGCUCUUAAAUGAAUCUUCCUUGCCAAAAGAAGCAGAGACACAGUGCAUCUACAUUGAUGAUCAAGACAUGCAUUUCAAGGACCGGGUUGAAGUUCUCCCUGAAGGCAUCCUGAUCAUCAAACCGACACAAUCGAUUCUGUACCUAAAUGCAAACUGGGUCACAGAACGCAUUCUGGAUAUUGUCAAAUUGCACACAAGACCCAACAACGAGAUAGUGACCACAGAUUCGGACGAGCGGCCGUGGAAUGAGGUCACAUCAAAGAAUACCAUGAGUUCUGAUACAUCAAGGCCAUGUCUCGAGGUCGUCCUCUUCGAUUUUUCUUCGGUCUAUCGUAUUGACUUUACUGCGCUACACGCUUUGAUCUCUCUUAAGCUUGCAAUGGAAAAAUAUGCCGGGACCGACAUUGAAUGGCAUUUUUGCUCCAUUGCCAACCCGGAAGUCAGACAGCUACUGCUUCAAUCCAACUUUGGACAGUUACCGCCUCUUCAAGGAGAAAGUGCUCUUACGGUGGCAUCUGGCAGCAUGGAAUUGGACAAAGAGAUGUCGACAUGCGAACAAUAUAAAGCGACACAUGUACGAGAUAGAUUGAUACCUGUAGAUAAAUAUCCAGCCUUCCAUUGGGAUAUUCCAUCGGCUGUUUGUUCAAUUAGCAAAAGAAGACAACAUCAAAAAAAGAUUAAUCAUUAG